AUGUACAAGCAGCUUGCUUGGAGCACGGACAUGGACCUGGCCUUGCUUCGCCAGGUUGUGCGCGUCGAGCCCUACGACGGCAAGUACGGCACACUCAUUGCAAGAUGGAAAGUCAUCGCAGUUAGCUUGGCCACAUUUUUCGAAUACGAGAUCAAGUACCGGUCUGCACGAGAUCACUACGAGUCGAUGGUGGAGGCGUUCAAGUCAACUAACUAG